AGCGAGUUGGGGGAUUCCGACGACCCUGAAUGCAGUUCGCCGUCAGUCUUCUUGCUCGGGAGCAUCGAUGAAGUGAGCGAGUUGGGGGAUUCCGACGACCCUGAAUGCAGUUCGCCGUCAGUCUUCUUGCUCGGGAGCAUCGAUGAAGUGAGCGAGUUGGGGGAUUCCGACGACCCUGAAUGCAGUUCGCCGUCAGUCUUCUUGCUCGGGAGCAUCGAUGAAGUGAGCGAGUUGGGGGAUUCCGACGACCCUGAACACAGUUCGCCUUCAGUCUUCUUGCUCGGGAGCAUCGAUGAAGUGAGCGAGUUGGGGGAUUCCGACGACCCUGAACGCAGUUCGCCGUCAGUCUUCUUGCUCGGGAGCAUCGUUGAAGUGAGCGAGUUGAGGGGAUGUCGACGACUUUGAACGCAGCAGCCGCCGCCAGCCUUCCUGCUUUGGAGCAUCGAUGAAGUGAGCGAGUUGGGGGAUUCCGACGACCCUGAACGCAGUUCGCCGUCAGUCUUCUUGCUCGAGAGCAUCUAUGAAGUGAGCAAGUUGAGGGGAUUUUGACGACUUUGAACGCAGCAGCCGCCGCAAGCCUUCCUGCGCGGGAGCAUCGAUGGAGUGAGCAAAUUGGGGGAUUCCGACGACCCUGAAUGCAGUUCGCCGUCAGUCAUUCUUGCUCGGGAGCAUCGAUGAAGUGAGCGAGUUUGGGAAAUUUCGACGACUUCGAACGCAGCAGUCGCCGUUAGUCUUCCUGCUCGGGAGCAUUGAGGAAGUGAGCAAGUUGGGGGGAUUUCGACGACUAUAAACGCAGCAGCCGCCGCCGGUCUUACUGCUCGGGAGCAUCUAUUAAGUGAGCGAGUUGGGGAGAUUCCGACGACUUUGAACGCAGCAAGGGAUUCCGACGACUUUGAACGCAGCAGGGGAUUCCGACGACUUUGAACGCAGCAGCCGCCGUCAGUCUUCCUGCUCGGGAGCAUCGAUGAAGUGAGUAAGUUGGGGGGAUUCGACGACUCUGAACGCAGCAGCCGCCGUCAGUCUUUCUGCUCCGGAGCAUCGAUGAAUUGAGCCAGUUGGGGGGAUUCCGACGACUUUGAACGCAGCAUCAGUCUUGCUGCUCGAUGAAGUUCUGUCCAAGAUGGCGGACUUCCUGCCGUCCCGCGACGUCCUAUCCGCGUGUUUCCCGCACUGCCUGCUCAGCAGCGGGGAGGCCGAGCAGCUGCGGAGGUCCAAGGAGAUAGACAAGUGUCUUCUGCGGGACAAGAGCUACGUGAAGCGGCUAGUUAAAAUCCUGCUCCUGGGAGCGGGCGAGAGCGGCAAGUCGACUUUCCUCAAGCAGAUGCGGAUCAUCCACGGCCGCGACUUCGAGCAGAGAGCCAAGGAGGACUUCCGAGACACAAUUUAUAGCAACGUUAUUAAAGGUAUUCGAGUGUUAGUGGAUGCUCGAGAAAAGCUCCACAUCCCAUGGGGCAACUUGUCCAACCAGCACCAUGGAGACAUGUUGAUGGCUUUCGACACACGGUCUAUGGUGGCCCAUGGCCAUGGUCUGGUGCAGCCAAAGGUUUUUCACCACUACCUGCCAUCCAUCCGGGCCCUGUGGACUGACCAAGGAAUUCAGACUGCUUAUGACCGUCGCAGAGAAUUCCAGUUGGGGGAGUCGGUCAGAUAUUUCCUGGACAAUUUGGAAAAGCUUGGACAGUCGGACUACCUCCCCAGCCAGCAGGACAUCCUCCUGGCCAGAAAGCCCACCAAGGGCAUCCACGAGUACCACUUUGACAUCAAAAAUGUGCCUUUUAAAAUGGUGGACGUGGGCGGUCAGCGUUCUGAGAGACGACGGUGGUUUGAAUGCUUCGACUCCGUCACGUCCAUCCUCUUCCUUGUCUCCUCCUCUGAAUAUGACCAGGUGUUAAUGGAAGAUCGACAUACUAAUCGACUGAGCGAGUCUCUCAACAUAUUUGAGACCAUCGUCAACAAUCGAGUGUUCACCAACGUUUCCAUUAUCUUGUUCCUCAACAAGACGGACCUGCUGGAGGACAAGGUGAGGCAGGUGUCCAUCAGAGACUAUUUUCCAGAAUUCUCAGGUGAACCUACAAGCCUGGCGGACGUCCAAGUCUUCUUGGUGGAGUGUUUUCGAAAGAAGCGCAGGGAGCAACAGCAGAAACCACUUUACCACCAUUUCACCACCGCCAUCAACACUGAGAACAUUCGCCUGGUGUUCCGAGAUGUUAAAGACACCAUCUUGCAUGACAAUCUCAAGCAGCUCAUGUUGCAGUGACACAGGAACAUGACCAGGGACAUGUUGGUGCAAGUUGCUGAUGUCUUCUUGACCACCAGCCUGCAGGGGACAGUCCAUGUCCUCCAGUCCCUAAUGGACAUGUAGACUAUGAAUGGAGGUCACCCUGUCCUCUGGUCCCUAAUGGACAUGUAGACUAUGAAGGGAGGUCAUAAUGUCCUCUGGUCCCAAAUGGACAUGUAGACUAUGAAAGGAAGUCACCACUACUAGCAAACAUUCCUGAUCUUUGCCUUACUUAGCAUAUUAAUGAGCAUACAAUCCAUCUUUCUUACACACACACACACACAGAUACAUACAUAAAUACACACACACAUACAUACAUACAUACAUACAUACAUACACACAUUGAUACUCACACACACACACACACACAAUGUGUGUUCAGUGUUAAUGACAUUUUUUAAUUAUACAAAUGUAUGUAUUUGCAUGUUUUAGUAACAAAUGUGUUCAUGGACACACUUCAGAGAGAACAUCAUCUUCAUUCAUUCUUUCACCCACCACUUUUACAACCAUCUUUUAUUUUCAUGUCAAUAAGAUGCACUCUCACUCUUUACAACUUUGCAGACAUAUUGUCUUCUUUUCCUACGUAUACCACAUACACCACUGUGCAACUACUUAACACCAACGUAUACCACAUACUUAGACUUCCUUUUAUUGUCAUUCAAAUGUGAACUUAACAUUACAGAUAAGAAGGUUGCAUUAGCUGCUUGUAGUGCAGGAUAAAAGAGCAAUAAGGUGCAGAUAUAAAUAAAUAGAUUACUGUACAGAGAAA